UUAUUAUUGUCAGUAUGCGCUAGUUGAGCAUUGUAUAUUUAAUGGAAAAGUAGACUGACUUGUGUACAUGUACUACUGCAUGAAGGCAGAAAUUGUGUGGCUUUAUUUAGGAUUGGUACUGCUCUUGAUAGUUUCAUGCUGUACAGACGUGUACUUGCAAUAAUUGAUGUAUACAUGUGUGAAUGCAUUCGUGUAUUUGAACAUGUUCAUUUCUCUACAUGUCCGUGUCCUAUUGCUUGUUAAUGUGACUACUGCUAAUGAUUACUGGAACAACAGGAUGUAAGUUACAGUAUACAGACAUGUAUGAAUGCACUUACUGCUCCUACCAUCAUCCCCCUCUCUCUGUUUCCAUGUGUGUCUUACGCUGGUGUCUCAUUGGACUAAACAGAAGGUGAGCGGGACACUGCACUGACUUGUGACUGUACUUGUGUCAGUAAUGUUUGAGUUGUACGUAUGAGAACAUGCCGUGUAAUAUAAAUUAUUGACAUCAUAGUGUACAGGUUUGUGAUUAUAUUCUUUUCUCUCCCUACAUUUCCAUGGUUACUGAAUAUCUCGAACAAUAGGAAACGAAGGCUAGGUGUGAGAGUGAACUGAAGAGUCACGAGACGAGAAGAGCUGCCCUCCAACAGAGACUGUCUGGUGACAUCACUGACCAGGACCGGAGACAACUGCAGGGAGAGCUGGAGGAGGUGGAGGGGGAGAUCAAGAAGUGUGUCUCACUGAUACAAAUGUAUGAGGGGUGGAUACAUGACGAGGAGAAUAGUAUUGCUGAGAUACGAGGAGAGAGACAGAGAAAGGAAGAAUCGAAGCGGUUGUUUGAUGAGGGGAUGAAGCACGGACACGUCUUGGUCAACAUUGUCAACAUGCUCGUGUUUGGACCGGCGGGAACAGGGAAGACCAACCUCAAGCACCUGCUAACUAACAAGCCCCCUCCACUACAGCGUGACAGCACUCCUUGUAUGGAAAAGCCAGUACGCAUUCGACCCGUGUCCAACGCAAAAUUCAGGUCAACUGGAAGAGGCUGGGAAGAGAUGUCUCAGUCAAAGCUGCGCAAUCUACUAGCUCAAAUCAUUGCCAAGCUACCAAAAGAAAACGCCGAUCCAUCCACUGCAUCAAGGGUUGCCGAGAGCUUGAAGAAGAUGACCACAACCGAGCUAGUUUCUGGUUCCGUUGAGCAAAUUUCAGGUUCCAAAUCGACUCCAUCGAGCAACGAUUCCGAUGCACUUUCUGGCUCUGCAAGAAUGUUGGACGAAGCCAUUGAUGAAGUGAUAGCGAGUGUAGUGAGUGGUGUUGCAGAAGAGCUGAAGCCAGCCACACAGGGAACUGACCAACUGUCGAGCAGUGACCAGCAAGAAGGAGAACUGUUUGAUUCCAACUGGGUGUACGUUACCGACUGUGGCGGACAACCCCAAUUCCACGACAUCAGCCCUCUCUUCAUCAAACACAUUUCGGUGGCGUUGGUAGUCCUGCGUUUGAUUGACGAACUCUCCAGUUUCCCUUCUGACGAGUACUACAAGGAUGGGCAGCUUGUUGGUAGUCCUCAUGCAUCUCACAUGACCCUCGGGGAGACACUUCAGAGUCUCAUUCGAUCCAUUGAGUCCCAUACCUCACAAGACAAGAAGCCAAAGAUGAUCUUUGUGGGCACAUUCUUAGAUCAGCUCAAGAGCUUGGAUACCCUUAUCAAGAGGAAUCAAGAGAUUCUCGACAUGCUGCCACCCGAUAUCAAGAAGCUAUUGGUGUACGAAGAUCUUGGGUUGAAGAAUCUGAUUUUUGGUCUCAACACGAUCAGCCGAGAUGAUGAUUCACUGGCCACUGCCGAUAGGAUUAGAAUUACUGUUGAGCGUUCUAUUCCGCUACAAGUCAAAAUGCCCAUCUGGUGGUCCUUCUUGGAUUCACUUCUCCAGAGUUUAUCUGCCACUCUCGAGCGAGGUGUACUAAGCAAGCAAGAAUGUCUCCGAUUAGCCACUCGAUUUCGUUAUGCGCUCCAAGAUCUUGAAGCUGCUCUGUUCUUCUUUGACGAGGUGUGUAUAGCGCACUACUAUCCCUCCAUUCUCCCCAACACAGUGUUUGUGGAUGCCCAGAUUCCACUAGACAAGAUCACCGAGCUCUCACAGCACGCCAUCUCCCUGAGGAAUGCUGAAGCCAAAUCACGCUCUACUCUAAGCUCAGUAGGGAUCGAGGCCGAAUGGAAGAGAUUUCGAGACGAAGGCAUAAUCAAUUUAAAGUUCCUACGAUUCUUUGAGAAGCAUUACGUUGAAGGUAUCUUUUCUCCAGAAGAUAUGCUGUUGAUCAUGAAAGAGCUUCUCGUGAUUGCUCCCAUUCCACUAGUGGAGUCCACUACCCAUCAAGCUGAGUUCUUCAUGCCAUCUCUACUCAAAUCUGCUCCCAUUGCUGAACUGGACAAAGUCCGUUCCUCAUCUGUCCCCCUCGCUAUUCACUUCCCUAGUGGGUGUAUUCGUUCAGGUGUCUUCUGCUGUACGGUUGUUGAUGUAAUGCGGAGGCUUGGUUGGGAAGCUGUUCUCCCUUCAAGUGGUCCAAUACUUUUCGCUAAGAAUUGUAUUCAAUUUCGAAUUCCGAAUCGUCCUUGUGUCAUCUCAUUGCUUGAUUCCUUCUCCCGUAUGGAAGUGUAUGUCGAAGCCCCCCCUCCAUUACGCAAAGAGUUGUGUCCUAUGGUUUGUUCUCAACUAAUGGAAUCCAUCAAAGCUGCUUGUGUUGUUUUGAAUUACAACAAUGAUACACCUAAAGCAGCGAUCUUUUGCCCGUGUAAGAAGAGUGGAAACAAGUUGCACGUUGCCGAUGUGAGUGUGGAUGGCUAUUGGAUGUGCUCCCUUCAUGCACGUGAGUGGGGAGAGCUCAGUGACCAACAUAGAAUCUGGCUGGACAAUAGCGAAGGUUCUGGAAAACCAUUGUCUGCUACAGGUACUUGUAGGAAGACUGAGAGAAAGAGUGAUCAGCAGCAAUACUCUAUCAAUCAAUGUGGGACUCUGGCCAAUGUUGUUAGUAGCACUGGAUCUGGAAUGAGUGAUCAACAGCCUUGUUUGAGUAAUUCUGUAAUGGGAGAUGUGUGCUUGAAGACGGAAGUACAUGAUCAUGAUCAGCUCAUUACUUCUGACAAAUUGUCUCCUGCAAUGGAACAUGUGGUCAAUACAACGAGUGAUCAACAUACCAUAAUGGAAGAUGUGUGUAAGAAGACUGGAGUGAGGGACCAACAACUAGAUCAAGAAAUCCCUGAGAGUGACAUCAUUCUAAUCGCAGAGAAAUUUCCUCACCUGCUGAACGUGCACAAGGCUUUGACAAUCAACGAUCUACAACAUGUUUACGAGAAACUACAUGAAAGUGCCAGCCCUCACUGGUUCAAUCUGGGAUUGGCUUUAGGUCUAACUCAUCCUGAUCUCACCAACAUCAAUAUCAAGUGUCGUGAAGAUAAUGUGUUGUGCUUGCGUGAAAUGUUGGCCAAACUCCUGAGUACACAACAUGUAACAUGGAGUCUCCUAUCAGACGCUCUCAGAAGGCCCACUGUGGAUCUCAUCAAUUUGGCUGAUAGCAUCACAGGAAAACCAUCGUCUGCUACGGGAGGUACUUGUACUGAGAGAAAGAGUGAUCAGCAGCAAUACUCUAUCAAUCAAUGUGGGACUCUGGCCAAUGUUGUUAGUAGCACUGGAUCUGGAAUGAGUGAUCAACAGCUUUGUUUGAGUAAUUCUGUAAUGGAAGAUGUGUGCUUGAAGACGGAAGUACAUGAUCAUGAUCAGAGCAUUACUUCUGACAAAUUGUCUCCUGCAAUGGAACAUGUGGUCAAUACAACGAGUGAUCCACAUCAACAUACCAGUGAAUUGUCCUCUGUUACAGUAAUGGAAGAUGUGUGUAAGAAGACUGGAGUGAGAGACCAACAACUCAAUCAAGAAAUCCCUGAGAGUGACAUCGUUCUAAUCGCGGAGAAAUUUCCUCACCUGCUGAACGUGCACAAGGCUUUGACAAUGACCGAUCUACAACAUGUUUACGAGAAACUUAAAAGUGCCAGCCCUUACUGGUUCAAUCUGGGAUUGGCUUUAGGUCUCAGUCAUUUUGUUCUCACCAACAUUGAUAGCGAGCAUCGUGGAAAUAAUGUGUCGUGCUUGCGUGAAAUGUUGGCCAAGCUCCUGAGUACACAACAUGUAACAUGGAGUCUCCUAUCAGAUGGUCUCAAAAGGCCCACUGUGGAUCUCAUCAAUUUGGCUGAUAGCAUCACAGGUAAUUCUGUAAUAGAAGAUGUGUGCUUGAAGACGGAAGUACAUGAUCAUGAUCAGCACAUUACUUCUGACAAAUUGUCUCCUGCAAUGGAACAUGUGGUCAAUACAACGAGUGAUCAACAUACUAUAAUGGAAGAUGUGUGUAAGAAGACUGGAGUGAGGGACCAACAACUCAAUCAAGAAAUUCCUGAGAGUGACAUCGUUCUAAUCGCGCAGAAAUUUCCUCACCUGCUGAACGUGCACAAGGCUUUGACAAUGAUCGAUCUACAACAUGUUUACGAGAAACUUAAAAGUGCCAGCCCUCACUGGUUCAAUCUGGGAUUGGCUUUAGGUCUCAGUCAUUUUGUUCUCACCAACAUUGAUAGCGAGUAUCGUGGAAAUAAUGUAUCGUGCUUGCGUGAAAUGUUGGCCAAGCUCCUGAGUACACAACAUGUAACAUGGAGUCUCCUGUCAGACGCUCUCAAAAGGCCCACUGUGGAUCUCAUCAAUUUGGCUGACAGCAUCACAGGUAAUUCUGUAAUGGAAGAUGUGUGCUUGAAGACGGAAGUACAUGAUCACGAUCAGCACAUUACUUCUGACAAAUUGUCUCCUGCAAUGGAACAUGUGGUCAAUACAAUGAGUGAUCCACAUCAACAUACCAUAAUGGAAGAUGUGUGUAAGAAGACUGGAGUGAGGGACCAACAACUAGAUCAAGAAAUCCUUGAGAGUGACAUCAUUCUAAUCGCGGAGAAAUUUCCUCACCUACUGAACGUGCACAAGGCUUUGACAAUUUACGAUCUACAACAUGUUUACGAGAAACUUAAAAGUGCCAGCCCUCAUUGGUUCGAUCUGGGAUUGGCUCUAGGUCUCAGUUAUCCUGAUCUCACCAACAUCGAUAGCAAGCAUCGUGGCGAUAUUGUGUCGUCCUUGCGUGAAAUGUUGGCCAAGCUCCUGAGUACACAACAUGUAACAUGGAGUCUCCUGUCAGAUGGUCUCAAAAAGCCCACAGUGGAGCUCAUCAAUUUGGCUGACAGCAUCACAGUGAAUCAAUCCACAACUCCAAACCUGCUCGAUCGACUCAACCUCAACUCAGCCGACCGUGAUGGUGUAACUGAUGUCACACGUCGUUGUAGCAAUCAAGCUGGAGUGGCUCAUGCAUUGAGAGUGUGGCAAAGAGUGAAUCCUUCCAGAGCUACCUUUAGGGCCUUGGUGGAAAUUACCAUAGGACUGAGAAGAGGAGACACUGCUACAGACAUUUGUAGAUUCAUUGUAGACAAUACAGACCGAAACUGAAACUGAAACUGAUAAUUAACUGUUCUUUACUUUGAUGUUGUUUGUGUCUCUGUAAUUAUAAUGUGUGAGCUUAUUAUUGA